ACGCCUCCUCCACCAAUGGCGCUCCCGGCGGCGACGGCCCGCGCGGCGGCGCUGUGCCGGAUCGCGGCGUGCGCGUCGGCAUCGUCGGCGGCGGCGGCGGCGACCGGGGGGAGGCGCGGGGCGGAGAAGCUGCCGUUCUCGCUGGCGGAGCGGGGGAUGGUGGUGGGGGGGCACCGCGGGAUGGGGAUGAACGCGGUGGGGGCGCCGCCGGGGGCGCGGAUCGAGGCGGUGAGGGAGCGGGAGAACACGCUGCUCUCGUUCGGCCGUGCCGCCGCGCACGCCGCCGUCGCCUUCGUCGAGUUCGACGUCCAGGUUACAAAAGAUGGCUGCCCAAUAAUCUUCCAUGAUGACUUCAUCCUAACACAAGAAACUGAUGCAGUCUAUGCAAAGCGUGUUACUGAUCUUCUCUUGGAAGAAUUUCUUUCAUAUGGGCCGCAAAAGAAUUCCCAUGAGGUGAUUUACUCCUUUUUUUGUUGGCUUCUGCUGUGCCAAGUUCAUGGUUAUGAAUGCAUUUUUGAGAUGCCAUUUUGUAAACUUGCCCUUAUGUUGAUUGUUCAGAUCUCCAAGCCAUUGCUUAGACGGACCAGCGAUGGUAGAGUUGUUAACUGGAGCGCAAAAGAUGAUGAUUCCCUAUGCACAUUGCAAGAAGUCUUUGAACGUGUCAGUCCUCGUCUAGGAUUUAACAUUGAGCUAAAGUUUGAUGAUGACAUCUUCUAUGAAAGGAGUCAACUUGACCGUGCGCUUCAAGCUGUAUUGCAAGUUGUUUCUCAGUAUGCAAGCAAUAGGCCUGUAUUUUUCUCAACCUUCCAUCCUGAUGCGGCAAGGAUUAUGAGGGAACUUCAGAGCUUAUAUCCUGUACUCUUCUUAACAGAAGGAGGAACAGCUCAACACAAAGAUUCAAGAAGGAACUCACUUGAUGAAGCUAUCCGGGUCUGCCUAGAGUACGAGUUGCAUGGACUUGUAUCAGAGGUAAGAGGGGUUUUAAAGAAUCCCUCUGCAGUCCUUAGAGCAAAAGAGUCCAACCUUGCACUUCUGACCUAUGGGCAGCUCAAUAAUGUGUGGGAGGCUGUGUACAUCCAGUAUUUGAUGGGCGUAAAUGGCGUUAUUGUUGAUCUAGUGGAGGAGAUCUCAAAUGCUGUGGCAGAUUUCAGUAAACCAGUCCUCAAUCAGAGCAUGCUAGGGAGUGGUGUCGACUUGGUUGGAGCAAAGCAUCAGGCCUUCUCACAGCAGCAGCUGGGUUUCUUGCUCUGGCUUAUACCUGAACUGAUCCAGCAACCACACUGAUAAUACAUAAUACCCAAGAACAAGAGGUGGUUCAAUUGGCUGAGUUUUGAGAGGUGUUUCAGGCCCUUGUCUUCAGUUGACCAUUCAGAUGAACUUACACUAGUUAGAACUUAGAAGAUCAAAAGAUACUAUUGCAUUGUUCUGUAUAGAAUCAAAACUCCACUCAUCAUUGGCUAAUUCCGUUACUGCCGAUCGUCGGCCAUAGCUUUGUUGCAGAUAUGUUCAUCACAACUUAACCAAUAUACACGUACAGCAAUGUAUUGCCACGCUUUUACAACACAGAGCAGUGUAUUUCAGCGGGUUGGGCUGCUUUCAUAUGAUCUGUAAAA